GCCUCCGCCGCCGCCUCCGCCGCCGCCGCUGCUUUUGCUUUCACCUGGCGGUGGCGGCGGCGGCGGCGGCGGCUCGACAAGGCCUCAGUCGGAGCUAGGAUGGCGUAGCGCGGGCUCGUGUCGCCUCCUCCAACUCGUGUGAUAUCUCACAGCCGUGCGGCCGCUGGUGACACGUGCAGCUCACCCAGCACGUGCAGCUGACUCGUGCCAAGUGUGUUCGCGCGGCACACUCCGACCGUCCCGAGAUCCCGACCGACCGCGCGCCCGACCGUCCACCCAGCCAUGAGGACUCGACUGGACACAUGCCUGCUGGUGCUGGCCGCGGCAAGCCUCACAACAGCUCUGAAACCGCCUCUCAAAGUGAGAAGUCCGGUGGAGGACAUCCGCAUCGAGUGCAGCAGCAACGACAUCGAGGUCUCCAUCUUCACCAACCAGGAGUUCAACGGCAUGGUGUAUCCGAAGGGACUGGCCAAGAACUCGACCUGUAUGACCGAGUACACGGGCCAGGGCUCGCCAGUGCGCUACCGGCUCUCUCUGCGCAGCUGCAACACCAUGGGCGUCCAACAGGAGGACGACACGAUCGAAUACUUCAACACAAUCGUGGUGCAGCCACACAGGAAGCUGGUCACCAACCAGGGACGCGGCUUCCACGUACGGUGUAAAUACCAGACCCGGGACAAGGCGGACAUCGAAACCAAGCGCCGGCCAGGCUCCACAGCUCUGGCGGCGGCGCCGACAGCAGCAGCGGCCAUGCCCGUCUGCUCGAUGCGGAUCUACUCUGACGCUGCCGACAAGACGGUAGCCGGCACGGUUCACAUUGGUGAUAAACUUACCAUGGAGAUUGCCAUUGACGAGCAGAAGGAGUACGGUCUGCGAGUGGUGGACUGUCUGGUUCGAGACGGCCUCGGCUGGGGGCAGCAGCAGCUCGUCAACUCAGAGGGCUGUCCAGUGGAUUUCGACAUCCUGGGUCCCCUGCAGUACAGCGAGUCCAAGACGAGUGCCUCUGUCAGCUUCCUGGCACACAAGUUCCCGUACACGUCUUCAGUGUACUACCAGUGCAACGUGCGACUCUGCCUCAAACAAGCGGGCGGUUGUGACGAUGUGCCGCCGAUCUGUCAGGCGGGGUCGAACGUGCGCCGUCGCCGGGAGCUGAGGAACGCCACUGUCGACGACUUCGACCCGAACGACGGCCGUGUUAUCGAGGUGUUCAGCGGGCUCUACGUGGACGAGGGGACCGAGGCAGAGGCCGCCGCCGACCAGGGACCCACCAAGGAGGAUCUGGAGAACGACGACCUCCUCUGCAUCUCCCCACGGACGUUCGCCAUCGUGAUCGCCAUCAUCGGCCUCCUGCUGAUGAUUGCCGUCGUCGUAGCCAUCAUGAUCAUCAUCAACCGGCGUCGGAGGCGCAAGGACAUGUCGGCGACAGGCAGCUCUAUCUACUCGGGGCCAUACACAAACACGGCCUACUCACACUCUAGUUAGGCCAACUGCCGUCUACUGGCGCUGGCGUCGUGCGCGGUGAAUGUAGGUGGCGCGAGUGAGGCGUGCGCCGGCGGCCGGCCUCUGCGGGUAAUCGUCGGGGGUGACCGCCGCGCCGGCGGUUCGAGACGUGCCGUCUCUUGAAUAAAGGAGCCCAGGGAUAGUCCUGCAAUGUUCUAUGUGGAAAUAUGUAGUUGGAAUCUCAAGGUACCUGUAUUGUGUGUGCUAGGCCAGGCCAUGCUGCCAAUAUCUCUGUCGGAACAGGACAGAUUCUCCUUCGAGCUUUCUAGUAGGUUUCUGUCGUGGAAAAGCCUGGCUUUAAAUGUGACUGGGCUCCCUCGUUCUCGAGACAUUCGAGCACGCUCCGUUGUGUGAUUCGUAGGACUGGAUCCAGGAGGUGUGCUUUACCGAGGUGUGUGUCGCAAUCCGAGGUGAAUGUUGUGUGGGAGGCUGAGCGAAGCGCUGUAGAUCAGUCAUUGACUUCGUAAAGAAGAGGUCGUCACCUAGCUUUUUUAAUAGGCUCAGAUGUUUCAUUGUGAUAUGGAGUCACCCGCGCUGAUAAUGCCAAGACUGCCUACACUUUAUUUGGUGGUGAGACUUAACAGACAGAUAACUAAUCGUCUUCCCAAAGAACUCAAUUCAAUGCCGCUUACGGGAAAAGUGAAGGUUGUUGUUCAUCAUGAACCGCAUUAUCUGUGAGCGACAAAUAAGUGUAUUUCAGUGUGUAUGAACUCACUGUAGAUAACCAUUGUUUUAGUGUGUUAACACAAAAAGAAAUAUACUAUAAUAAAACAAA